AUGAAGUCUUCGUCAUCAUCAUUAGCAGGCAUCAAUACAGCAGCAGAAGCAGCAGGAGGAGGAGAAGGUGGUAGGAGUAGUGGUGGUGGGGGUAAUAGUAAUAGUACUACUGCUACUACUGAUGGUAAUAGUAACAAUACUAGUAGUAGUAGCAGUAGUAGUAGUAAUAGUAACACAGGCGGAGGAGGUGGUGGUGGUAGCACGAGUGAAACAACAACGCCACAACAACAACAAGACCGUGAAGUUGUUUAUCAGCUUUUACUCGAUUUAUGUGUCUUAGAAAAACGAGAAGCUGCCUUAGGCGACCUCUCCAAGCGAAGAGACCAAGUCGCUGAUCUAGCACCCUUACUAUGGUAUAGCUUUGGAACUAUAGCCGCCAUACUACAAGAAAUCAUUGCAAUAUAUCCAUGUCUCUCACCUCCAACGCUGACGGCGCCUGCGUCAAAUCGCGUGUGCAACUCGCUGGCGUUGUUGCAGUGCGUCGCUGCUCACCCGGAGACUCGGCAGGCUUUUCUUAAUGCGCACAUUCCACUGUUUCUCUACCCGUUUCUGAAUACGGUUGCAAAGACGAGGCCUCUCGAGUAUCUACGAUUGACGUCUCUAGGAGUCAUAGGAGCUCUAGUUAAGGUUGAUGAUGCAGAAGUUAUUAAUUUCCUUUUGCAAACAGAAAUUAUUCCCCUCUGCCUUCGCAUCAUGGAGACCGGAUCUGAACUCUCGAAAACUGUGGCAACAUUCAUCGUCCAGAAAAUACUUCUCGACGAUGUAGGCCUCUCGUAUAUAUGCGCAACAGCAGAACGCUUCUACGCGGUUAGUACGGUUCUCUGCAACAUGGUGACUACACUUGCAGAGCAUCCUUCUGCUCGACUACUCAAGCAUGUAGUGCGAUGUUACCUUCGGCUCGCUGAUAAUAACAGAGCUCGAGAGGCUUUACGCCAGUGUCUUCCUGAUGCUCUCAAAGAUGGAACAUUUGCUUCGACGUUGCAAGCAGAGCCGAUGACUCGUAAGUGGCUGGUACAGCUGUUGCAUGCAGUUGCAAGUGUGGGGUCAGGUGAAGAAGAAGAAGAGAAUAAUGAUAAGUUGAUAAUAAUAGUAGUGCUACUGCAGCUGCAGCUACGCAGUAUCAGCACCACCCCCUCCCCCACCACAGCCAUCACCUCCAGCAGCCGUAUUCACCAGCACACCCCUCUGCGGCGGCAGCACUCCAUCUACAAACUUCACAGCAACAGCAACACUUACUUCUACAACAGCAACAACAUUUACUACUACAACAACAGUAUAUUCUUCAACAUUUACAAGGGCAGCAGCAGCACCACCACCACCAGCAUCAGCAGUACACGA